AGUUAGAAUUAACCUCUCGCGGCGAUCACUCGAUCAUGACGCGAUCUUCGCCAGCUUGGAUCGCCUGGUUCGCUUGGCUCCUGGCCUCCGUCUCGAUCCGCACGUGCCGCGCUCAGUUUUCGAUUGCCACUCCGAAUGGAGCAAGGGCCUCCGCCGGCGGAGUCACCGUGGUGGCCCAACUCCCUGGACUGGGAGUAAUCAACGGACUGCUCAAUGCCAUGCACAACAACAACAACUUGAGACCCCAGCAGCAGCAGUUCGAAAGACUGCAGCAGGGCAGGCCGGGAAUGGGAUUCAACCGGAGAGGAAUGAACGGCAGGCAGGGAUUCGGACCGUCCAACCAACAGCAAGCUCCGCCUGGCUGGCCACCCGGCUGGCAAUGGGGCGCUAGCAACCAGAAUCAGCAGGGAUUUGGCUGGGAGCAACAGGGAUUUGGACCGAAUUGGAAUGGUGGAGGUGGAGGAGGUCCAGGUUGGAAUGGAGGAGGUCCCGGAUGGAAUGGAGGAGGUCCAGGUUGGAACAACGGAGGCGGAAGAGGUCCACCACCUAGGCCAGGUUGGAAUGGGGGAGGACCACCACCGCCAAGACCAGGUUGGAAUGGAGGAGGACCUCCUCCGCCAAGACCAGGAUGGAAUGGAGGGGGACCGCCUCCACCUAGACCAGAUUGGGGUGGACCGCCACCUGGACCCCCACCUGGACCACCACCAAGACCAGGAUGGAACGGAGGAAUGGGACCUCCUUCGGAAUGGGAUAACAACCAACCCUUUCCAGAUCAAGGAGAUCCUAAUGAACCCAAUCCUAAUGAACCUGACCCUGUACCAGAUACCAGAACCCCACCCCCCGUCGAAUCAACGACUCCCAAACAGGUGGAAACGCAUCCCACUAUCCAACCACGUCCGCCAAUUCAACCCACGCAGCCAAUGAAGGACACCCUCAUCGUAGGCACCAAUCGACCACCCCUGGUGCCGCCCCAGAAUCCAGAGCCCGACAAGACGCUGUACCCAACUUGGCCGCAGCCAGAACCACAACCUGAACCUCAACCAGCACCGAAACCGAAUCCCCAACCGGAACCGCAACCUAAGCCAAAUCACUCCGUCGAAAUGUCCGAGGAGCGUUCCAUCAUUUUCCCCAAUUCCAGUAGGUACAUCCAUGUGCCCAAUCAGGAGGUUCCUUCGAUACCCAUCGAUGUGAGGCGAAGAUGAUUCUUGGCGAAUCACUUGUUGUAUAUGUUCUUAGUUCGGCAAGAUCAAUGUAACGAGGCCAAAACAGGUUCUGAAAGCUUGUUGGCGAAAGAUAAUUUAAUUUUAAUAAAUUACACAUUAACAAUCA